CCACCGCGCCUGAGAGCGACGGGAAGUACCUGCGAUGAGCGCUGCGCCGCCGUGACUUGCCGCCGCCGCGCUCGCAGCAGCCGGCUCGGGCCGCCCCGCCGCUCCGGAGGCGACACCCCACGCGGGGCACCGGCGCAAUACAUUUCAUCCGCUCAUGAAUGGAUGCUUAAAAGACUUUAUACAAAAUACAUGUGAAAAUGGAAACUUCAUCUUUGUUGUCCUCCUUACAUGAUGAAUGCAGAUCAGACAACUAUAUUGAACCUCAUUACAAGGAGUGGUACCGAAUAGCCAUUGAUGCUCUGAUUGAAGGAGGUUUAGAAGCCUACAAAGAAUUUCUUUCCAAAGAGAGAUGCUCAGAGUUCCUAGCGGAUGAGGAAAUUGAUUAUAUUUUGAACAAUGUUCACAAACUUCCCCAAAAUACGAUUUAUUCCUCUAACCAUGCCAUUGAUGACACCUCUUCCUCGGGAACGUACUGGCCCAUUGAAUCAGAUGUGGAAGCUCCAAAUCUUGACUUAGGCUGGCCCUAUCUGAUGCCUGGAAUUUCUGGUGGCACAAAUAUUGAUCUCCUUUUUCACCCACCACGAGCACAGCCUUACACCAUAAAGGAAACUGUUCGGAAGAUGAUACGAGAGGCAAGAAAGGUCAUUGCCAUUGUUAUGGAUAUGUUUACAGAUGUGGAUAUUUUUAGAGAAAUUGUGGAGGCAUCUGCAAGAGGGAUUGCAGUUUAUAUCCUGCUUGAUGAAUCGAAUUUCAGUCACUUUCUGAAGAUGACAGAGAAACAAGGCUGUCAAGUUCAGAGGCUCAGGAAUAUGAGGGUGCGAACAGUGAAAGGACAAGAUUACUAUUCUAAAACAGGAGCGAAAUUCCAUGGAAAAAUGGAACAAAAAUUUAUUCUUGUUGACUGUAAGAAGGUCGUAUAUGGUUCUUACAGCUUUAUGUGGUCAUUUGAAAAAACGCACCUCAGUAUGGUUCAAGUUAUCACAGGACAGCUUGUUGAAUCCUUUGAUGAAGAGUUCAGGACACUGUAUGCCCGUUCUUCUGUUCCUAGCUCAUUUGCCCCAGAAUUAGUGAGGGUAAACAGUCGCAAGACACUGUGGGAUAAUGAUACAUACCAACAUUCAGUGUCUUCCUUGGCUUCAGUUUCUAGCCAAAGAAACCUUUUUGGUAGGCAAGACAAUGUUCUCAAGAUAGAUCCUGUUUGGAAAUCUCGUGGAAGAUACGCAGUAAAUGAAAUAGAUAAAUAUGGCUUGAGAAAUCAAGCCUACAGUAAGCAACCAUUUAAUCCAGGUUUUAAUGUUCAAAAUCCAAUCCAACAAUAUCAACCUAGUGAAAAAAAUGAGCACUGGAAGAGACACAGCUAUGCUGGGGAAAAGCCAGAAAGGACACCUUACCUAUUGCUCAACAGAGCUAUUAACAGAGCAAACAAUCUACCAAAUACUUGGAAAAUGCCAUCUGAUAGCCUUAGUAUUGUGUCAUCAUUACGAGGAGGAUAUGCAAAUAACUACAAUAUUCCCCAGCAAAGUUUUGCUGAUCAAUUCUCACGACCAAAGGUGAAUCUUGCGGAGAGAAAUUCGAUUGUACGGAGGUCUUUUAAUGGGACGGAUAAUCACAUCCGCCAUCUGCAGCAGAGGAUGCCAACCCUUGAGCACACAACAAAGUCAUUCCUGCGUAACUGGCGAAUAAAGUCGUAUUUGAAUGAUCAGUCAGAUUACCCAGCAGAGUCCAACGGGUCAGCCUUGGGGGACAGAUACGAUGGCUAUGACACAGCUGAAAAUAUUAAAGCUCAUGCACUGUACUCUCAUUCUCGCUUGCGAUCAUCGCUGGUGUUUCAGCCAACUUUACCUGAACAGCAGGAAGUGAGCAGCUGUGCAAGUUCUUCAAAUUCAACUAUAAUUGCGUCAGAGGGAAGUGCAACACCUAAAGGGACUUCUAACCAUGCUCCAAGUGUGGAAAAUGGAACGGAUAAUACUUCAGAGGAGCUUAGCACAAACUUUCCUCUUAAAUCAGAUGCAUCAAAAGCCCAAAGAAUUCAGAUUGCAGAAAACACAAAACCUAGUGUAAAUUCAAAUGCAACUGGUGACUCAUCACUGUAUUUGUACACAACACUGUGUACAGGCAAACAUGCAGAAAAUCUGAAGAACAUUCAAAAUGAAAAUAUGCUCAAAAGGAGAAGUUUUCCCAUGUUUAAUUCCAAGUCCAUAUUGGAUCCUGGUACCAACAAACAUGCAUCCAAUUAUGUUUACAGCACAUUGACUAGGCAUAGACUUAAGCAGCCAGUUAGUUCAAAACUUCCAGAAGACAUGCUGAAGAGUGCUAAAAGUUUGCAUAGUGUGACCAACCACUCGCCACAGGAGGAAAAGGACCUGAAAGCAGAGCUAAAGAGCCCGACUUCUAGCAAGGCAAUCUCCAUGGCAGCACUCACUGAAGCUAGCAGGGAGGAGUCUAGUAAGGAUUGCACAUCGAAGAAAGAAAGUAAGAGUUCCCCAAGUUUUCUGAAGAAAGGAUCCCAGAAACUGCGGUCACUUCUUAAUCUCACACCAGACAAGAAGGAAAACUUGUCAAAAAACAAAGGUCCUGCCUUCUACAGAAUGUGUAGUAGCUCUGACACGUUGGUUUCUGAAGAUGAGAAUCAAAAACCAAAGAUUUCUGAAAAUAAGACAGAUUCUUCCCCAAGGAGAAAAAGAAAUUCAUCAUCAAAUUCUCAAGGUAGUUUGAACAGAAGUAAAGAAGAUGUCACUGGGAGUCCAACAAAGUCUCCAAAGUCUCCGAAGUCACCAAAAUCUCCAAAACCUCCGUCUGAUGAGAGCAGUAAAAAGUGUCCUCUCUUGUGUCCCCUUGAAAGUAAGUUCAUAGAAACUGCAGGAGAUCCAUCCACUCCAAGAUUUAAUACAGAGCAGAUUCAGUAUCAAGAUGUAAAGGAAGUCUCCACAAAUGCUACUUCCGAAAGUGCUCCUGUUUCUGCUCUCCAAAGAGCAAGUUCGAUGACACCACAGCUGCCAAGCUCGAAGCACCAAGAAGAGCUGAGAUCUCGUUUGAGUGAAAGGCGUGUUUAUAGUCGCUUUGAGCCGUUCUGUAAGAUGGACAGUGCCAGCCAACCUGCAGGAAAUGCAGCCAACAGCAGUUCACAUCUGUCAGAUAUCAAAAGCAAGACCUUAGGGAAUAGUUACAGAGGUAAUCACAUGGUCAGCUACAACUCAACUGCUUACCACCCAUUGCAACCUAAUGAAAACAAGCUGAGAGGAUUUAUGCAAAAGUUUGGGAACUUCCUACACAAAAAUAAGUAACGUUAUAAUUUUGUUGAUUAUAUUGAAGUACAGCAAGACUGGCAAAGCUGGACAUAAUCUUAACUGGACAAAGACUUGUGUCUAACUUCUGUAGAGUUUACUUGGAUUUCUUCUUGGGUCUAGGACAUUGGAAUGAAUGUACAUAUUUUUAAAAAUAACUAUUCUAGAAUUCUUAUACUUAAAUCUUUACAGAAAUUCUGUUUCCAGAAGAUGUCUCAAGGAAGUUGUUUAUAGUGUUGAUAUUGUAAGAUUAAUUUUAUACAUUUUCUUCGUGAAGAAAAUCCAUUCUAGCAUAUUGUAAGAUUAAUAAACAUGGGGUAAAAAAGAUGGGGGAUGUUUUUAAUCUUCUGAUAAUACUGUUUCCAAAGAUUUGCCCUUCAAAAAUAGGAUAGCACUAGGAAUAGUAAAUCGUAUUUUUUCAGCAUUUAUGUACACUUUCAAAUUAUAAACACAAGUGUUAAUGCAUUGCAUGUUACUUACCUUUAAUUUUUGGUAACCUCUUUUAGGUUAAUAAUUUACCCCAUACCAUCUAUUGAACUGUUUGGGCAGCAGAUGGAUCUAUCUUACUUUAUUGAAUUUUCUGUGUAAUAUGAUAUUUUUCUGAAGUAUUCGGCAUACAGAUUUGAAAAUUACCUUAAUCUGAGUUUUCAUGGACUUGUUUACAUGGUUAAACUAGUGUGAAUGUAGAAUGAACAUUAAAAAAACUAUUUAUAAAAAAGGUGCCUUGAACAUAACCUACAACUAGGUUAAAUUUCAAUGGGUUAAUUACAUUUUUACAGCAUGCCAGUAUUCUGUAAUGUCUUAGUUAAAAAGCUUUUUUAUUACUUUUUUCUAUUUGGUGUUUAAAAAAAAAUCUGUGGACUUCCAUUUCUCAGGUAAGUUUUGAGUUUCACAUGCAACAGUCUCUUUUAAAUGUUGCCAGAUAUUUUUGCCACUAUGGCUUUAAUGGCCUUAUAUCAGGAUGACUAUUAAAAGCCCACAAGGAAUUAGGCAGCUAAAAAUGAGACCUGUAAAAAUCCCCACACCAAGCAGUUAGGCACCUUUCCUAAAACAAAGAAAGUAUCAGUGAAGGGUGAUAGUAAUGUUAAACUUGAGUGAAGGGAUUGAGGCACCUAACUACAGUCUAAGGGACAUGCUUGGUUUAUCUGAACCUGUGUAUCAUAAAAAAAAAUUCUCAAUAAUAGGUGAUUACAACACCACUACAGGUGUAGUGAUGUGUUUGGGCAGCAGCAUGGCAUCCACUUCUCAUCUGCAGUAUGCAGCCAGAACAUUCAGCUGGCUUACCCCAUCCUGGGUGUGAAGUUUGUGUCUUAGAAGGAGUCCAUAACCAUUUAGUUGUAAGAUACUCUGUGACAGUUUUCCAAAUUCAGAUUUUUUGAAAUUUCACUGCUGAGAGCUUAAAAUUCUUAUACUUUGAUCUUUAUGUUUCAGGAGAGAGUUUUAGGAGAAAACUUUAGUCUUAGAUCUGAAAGGUCCCACAGUGUUCUGUGGAGGAGUCCACCAGGAGGGUCUUAGCAUCAUUCUUUAGAAAGAAAUACUAAAAAGGCAAAAGUGCACCAGUGAGAUGAAGUUCAUUUGUCUUAUCUACCUGAGGCCCUGGGAAUAGAUUUUAAAUGGAAAUCUGCUUCUCACUGAGAGCCUGCUCUGGUUCCCAUGAAGUCACCGUAGUUACUGUCAAUGACUUCAUUGAAGCAAUGUCAGCUUUUUAUUCAAGCUCUUUCUCAGGCAACUUCAUUAGGGCUCAUGCAUCAUAGCAGUAACUGUUUCAUUUUGGAGAUGCUAAUUAUUUAUAUGUCUGACAAAAACUUGCAUCUCAGUACUCUGCUGAAAGUUUAGGUCUGUCCAUUACCUGUGAUCACAAAAGAUUUUAUCAAUCUCUUGGUGAGCACUUCGUUCAUUCCUUGAUGAAAUGCCAUAGUUAGUAUUUUUCCUAAACAUUUCUGUUUAAAUAUUCUGUCCCAACAGAGGCAACAUGUUCAGAUCCAAGAUAAAGGGUGUCUCAGUUCUCUAUUUUCAACAUAGGCACAUAGGUGUACGUACUUUCACAGCUAUGCAGACAAUAGCAAUGCCAUACUGUACUUUUAAAAACACUUAAUAAUUUGUAGCCAAUUGGACAUUUGUCCAGGAUAGUACCCGAACUGAAGUGCAGUUGGUGCUAAAAAUGGUGGACGAAGUUUCAGGAAGAUCUUUAGUUUUCCUUCAUACUCCAAUGAUCUCUGAAAUACUUGUAAGCAGAACUGUAUUUGGGAAGGAAAUGAGAAAGGAGAACAAGGGUCUUGGGGCAGGUUUAGAAGUGACAGUGCUUUCCUUGUUGUAAUAAGCUUUGGGAAAUCUAUACUCAUGCAAUUUGGAAAUAUUUUACUGUAUUUUUCCAAGUAGAUUUCUAAUUAAAGAGUCUUGUUAAGGCAGAUAUUCUAAUUUACCAAGUCAUCUGUGUUUUGUAGAUACAUGCUGCUGUUUUUCACCUGCACAGAAGAUUAAAAGCCUUCAGUGAAGAGCCUGCUCAUAGAUUGAUAGUCUCUGUAGAACAAGCAUUUUUUUUUCAGAUCUCUUCUCAGAGUUCCCACAUAGGAAUGGUCUGCACUAGGGCUUGAUUCAAGGUUAAUGGGAAUUCCACGGAUCUCAGGGGAAAUAGGAUCACACACUUAAUGCACUGACAUCACUAUUUUAGGAAUGUUACAAGAUCCAGUGCUAGCUGGGGAGGAUAAGGCUGUGCUUGGCUCCGUGGGAAGAGCAGCUUAAUGCCCUGCCUGCAGCUAUAGCUUUGAAGGUUGGGAAGCACACUGGGGAGGUCCACAGGUGCUACAAGGACCAAGUGUUCAUUUAUUCCCUCCAGAACCUGUGUUUGUGGAAAAUGCUCACCCAGUACUGUCUGAUUUGCCCCAUGUCUCCAUGGGAACCUAGUUGUCUAUAAAAUAAAAAGGAAAAUAUAAGGGGCAAAAAAAUUCCUUACAUCAGCAGAGAAAAAGGAUGAUGAUUGCAGAUUUCUGGAGGAAGAAGUUGGAGUUUGUAUUUUUGAACUUAUUUUUCCCAAAGCUUGUCUUGAUGUUUCUACCUUUCCAAAGAUAUGCACUUCAUUCAGUGUGUCCUAAAUAUGCAUUGCACGUUGCAAGUUUUACAACCCACACACCCCCAAUGCACUCCCAGUUUUGUAAGGCUGUGAAGUAAUAGCUGUUGCCAUGCAUGAUGGUCAUUUGGCCACAUGGCCUGGGAGUUGUGAAAUCCAUAAGAAAUGUUGUCAUUCCCGCAUUCGAUCUCCAUUAACUCUGUCACAUGUCUCUGUGAAAGUUGGUCAGAGUUAGGCAGUUCUGGGCAUGGCCCUCAGGAGCACUGGGGGUAGCAGAGGGCAGUGCAGCUUGGGAGAUGCAGGUUCCUCAUACAGUUCUCAUUCAAUUUGUGUCAUAAAUAAACUACCCCUAUAUACAGUCAUAAUAUACAGUGAAUAAAUUGCUUCAUUUCUUCAGCCCCAUAAUAAACAGCUUUUGCUGCCGCUCAGAUUGCAAAAUUGCUGGUUGUUCUCUUAUUAAUGACCUUGCACUAUCCUCUUUGUUCAUGCUAACAAACGCGAACUAGAUGUGAAGAAAGAUUAUAAAUCAAGAAAAAGUCAGUUGCCAGCUGUCUAAUCAAUGAGGAUAGCAGUAUUUGUUACAAACCUUGAGAAAAAAACAAAAAGCUUAUCAGGCACUAGAUGUUUGUGCAUAGGUGAAAAACUACUAUUCAAAGACAACAACUGUUUGAUCAUUUUUCAGCUUUCUGAAAUGUAUUAAAACAUUGUGGUUUAUAAGAUAUCAUUAAAAACCCAGAAUUUGUUGCAGGACAAAGUAAAAAUAAAGUUUAAAAUGACUCUACUAAGCUGUAUGAUAAAUUCAUAUGGUUUUUCAUUUGUAGCAUUAUGUGGGGUAAGCUGUACAAUCAACAAGUAGCUUUGCAACUGUCUAAUGCAGACAGAUCAGUAAGGUUACCAUGGUACUUAGUGUAAUUUAGUCCCCAUAUCAAUGUUGUAUUGCACAGUACAGUACUUAGGGGUUUUUUAGUUUGUUUUCAUUUAAGUCAAGAGAGUUAGAGCAACAUAAAGCUGCAGUAGUUCAUGAGUAGUUGAAGCAUGUUCAUCCAAUUUUGUCUUCACUUGCACAAGUAGGUAUUCCAUUAGCACCCCAGUGACAAGAGAGGAGACUGCAAUGCUCAAAAGACUGUCUUGCCAUUUCAUUCCUUAUUUCAGAGAGGUGCUUAACAGGUAGAUGUCUGGGUACCUUUAUGUAGGGUCUGAAAUCUUUCAUAAUUUUCAGCUCAAAGAGUUACAGUUAGAUCUACAAUUUUCACAUUUCACAUGAUGCCAAAUAUGUUGCAUGUUCUGAGAAUGCUUUUCUGUACUUGGAAGCAAGAUGGAAGAAAACAUUUGCUCUUGGAGAGUUUGGAACAGGGCUCUUACACUGUUAAGCAAAGCUGGUAGUUCUGAGUUUUGCCUUUGUGAUGUUGACUAAUUAAGUCAUAAAACUUGUGCUGCAGACCCUUCACCAGCUCUGUUGCCCUUCCCUGGACACUCUGCAGCACCUCAAUGUCCUUUUGUAGUGAGGGGCCCAGAGCUGAAGACACUGUUCAAAGUGUGGUUUCACCAGUGCCAAGCACAGGGAGACAAUCGCUGUCAUGGUGUUGCUAGCCACACUAUUGCUGCUCCAGCCUGUCCAGAUCCCUCUGCAGAGCCCUCCUGCCCUGCAGCAGAUGGACACUCCCAGUUAACUUGGUAUUAUCUGCAAACUGAUAGAGGGUCUGUGUGGUCUCCUCAUGCAGAUCAUCAAUGAAGAUACUAAGCAGGACUCACCCCAACACUGUGCCCUUGGGAACACCAUUGUGCUGCCAAUGGGAAUUGAUUCCAUUCACCAACAGACCAUACAGCUGGUUUUUAACCCAUCCAAGCCAUGAGCAUCCAGUUUCUCCAGGAGAAUGCCGUGGGAAAUGGUGUCCCUGGCAGCCCGACCAGAGUGGACAGGCCUGUAGUUUUCUGCAUCCUUCUAUGGUCCUUGUAGAUUGACAUCACAUUUGUCAACUCCAGUCACGUGGGGUCCUCCCAGUUAAGCAGGGAGAUGGAAGGAGCUCACUGAGCACUUCCACCAGCUCCCUCAGUACCCUUGGGUAGAUGCAGUCCAGCCCCAUAGACAUGUGUGUUUAAGUGUACAUCGGGUACCUCACCAUUUCCCCUUGGAUUAUGGGAGUUUCAUUCUGCUCUUCUUCCCUGUCUUCCAACUCAGGGGGGCUGGUACCCAGAGAACAAUUGGUCUUACUAGUGGAGACUGGGGCAAAGAAGGCAUUAAGUACCUCAGUGUUUCCUUCAUCCUUUGUGACUAUGUUUCCCCCUCACAUCCAAGAAAGGAUGGAAAUUCUCCUCAACGUUCCUGUUGCUGAUGUGUUGAUAGAAAGCUUUUUUAUUGUCUUUUCUGGCAGUGGCCAGGCUGAGUUCCAGAUGGGCUUUGGCUCUUCUGAUUUUCUCCCUGCAAAGUGUCACAAUAUCUUUGUGGUUUUCCUGAGUUGCCUGUCCCUUCUUCCACAAGACAUAAAUAAUUUUUUUUAAUAUAUAUAUUUGGGAUUUUUUCAAAAUAUCUCUGUAUAUUUCUGGAGGAGAAUCUGGUUUGCUAAAAAUUACUUGGCAUCCCUUCAGAGGAAGCUUCUGUGAAGGCUAGCAUCUUUCUUUCACCAUAUGUGUUAAAAUAUCUAAAAAUUCAGUGGUUAAGUGCAAAAGAUAGUUGGAGGGAAAACUAGUAAUUUCUGCGUGGGCCAUGAUAUAUGCUUAUUUUGAUAGUGUUGCUUCCAUAUGUAAAUACAGCUGGGAGAAGAAUUGCUUCUUUUCUCUCCAGAACAUACAGAAUUUAUGCCAAUUGAAGUAGAAAUAUUUGAAAGAUUGAGCACCAGUGACAAUAUUUUAUUGUGUUUGAGAAAUAAAUGCAACUAAUUAAUUAGCAUUCAAACACUGGACUCCUACAUGUCUAUUGUAUGUCUGCUCUUGCCUCAUUAAGCAAUCAGCAUACUUAAAAUUCAGACUGAUCAAAGCUUUCCAAACUCUUGAAUAUUACUCUGAAGAACCAUUCCAAUAAGGCAUUAAAAACAUGUUUAGAUUUUUAAACUAGGCCAUCCCAGAAUAAAGCAUACCAGGCGUAUGUGUUUUGUUAUAUUUUGGUAUUAAAACUCUCAGUGCAAUCCUAGCUGGUGUAUUGUGGGUAAUUGUUGACUAUGUACUUUCGCUGUUUGAGUCAUGUCUAAUUUUGACCCAUGGUAACACCACAUUUUGACAUCAUUUCUAAUAUGUUUCUUUCAAAUGUCACAUGUACUGGUGUGAAAAUAUUCUGAUUUCAUAGUUUAGAUCAAGCUUUAAAGCAGAAUGUGUAGAUCUGUGAUGAUCAAGAAGAUUUCAAAAGAGGAUGUGGAUGUGAGUUUGUAUUACUAAAAAAGCAAAGAGACAAAACUGAAAACUAUUUGCGGGUAUCUUCACACAGAGCAAAGUAAACAAAAUCAGAAGAUGAAAUCACAAGUGAAUAUUCAUAAUAUUUUACCAGUUGAAAAUGAAUGUUAGUGCACCAGCAUGGCAGGAAACAUAAUAAUCAGUUGCUCUUUGAUUAAAAAAAGCUGAGAGACACUAAUGUAGAUGACGCAAAAGAAGCAUGAGGGUUGCUACAAAUACACAAGAUCCAGAAUUGAUUUUCCUGGGUAGUUUUGGAGAGUGGGGAGCAUGGAAAAGGAAUUCCAUCAAGUUGGUGUCAAUACUGACAGAUGUAAAGGACUGUGCUGGUUUCAUUUAAAGCUACUUGAUAAUGUAGAUCUUUUUUUCCUAAGAUGGAAUUCCUGGAUUACAUAGCAGCUAUGUUAUGGGUAUACUGUGUAUGUACAAAUACAAACCAAAAAUUGCCUUGAAAUAAUUUAUUACCUUUAUUUUUUACCAAAUAAAAUGUUCCUUUUAAAGCUCA